AUGAUGAGUUAAUCACGAUAGCAAUUGAGUGCUGAAAAUAUGCCCGGUCUUACGCCCUGGGAUUUUGUGCCCCCGGUGAGCCCAAUCGAGCUCAGAUCGGGCAACCGAAUGCACAAAUUGAAGACGGCGUUAUCCAAGUACUGGACGGACCAUGACAAGUUCAUUGCGCUCGUCAUGGCCGGAAGCGGCAUCAUCUUCGCUUGUGUCGGGGGUGUUCUGAUAUCUUUGGGUCUGGGGCUGCCAUUAGCUAUAUUUCUCUCCUACAGACGAUCGGCAACUGAUAUCUACACCAACGCCAGAAUUGUUGUCCACGAUUUGAUCAAGUACCCCAAAUACGCUCAUCAAGUGUUAGCAUUGCUACAAAAAGUCGAACAUGAAGAACAAAUAAAAAGCCAGGAAGCUGAAAAUUGUGACCAAACUUCAUGCAGAAAAGAAGAAACAACUGAAGAAAAAGAAGACGUUUUUUCAUCAAAAAUGAAAGAGAUUAAAUUCCAAACAAGGUUUGCUGGCGAUCAAUUGUUCCCACUUAAUCUCGUAGUACUGGCGAAGCCUCUGAACCCGAACAACAAAGAGGAUGUGCGAGUAAUUGGCUAUCUAUGUGUCGACCAUAUAGGGCGCAUCUGCUCAGAAGAAACGCAAACAGAGGUGGAGCAACUAAUAGAAAACAACGACAUCGAGACCAAUGAGUUCUUAGCCGAGUCGCAGAAAUUAGGCGUGCAUUAUGAUUUGCUGAAGCGUGAGAGGAAAGAUUUGUUUGCUUACACGUUUGGAUCUGUCUGCAUUUUGAAGACGAUGGUUGUUGCCCCCGAGUUCAGAGGCAAUAAUUUGGGCAAAGUGAUGUUCGCCUAUGCAAUGCAAAAACUAAGAAAAAUAGCAGAAGUCGACAUUCUAAUAUGUAAACGGAACAAGUACAUUGAAGACAAAUUAAUGGAUCCCUUCUAUGGUCGCUAUUACAACCCUCCCGAUUUCUGUCUGGAAAACGAAAGUUUACACCAAGCAUUGAGAACACAAACCAUAUUUUUCCCAGUUUACAAGAGCAAGCUAGAUUACGCGUGCGAGUCAGCGCUGGAUAAAUUUCUGAUGUUCGAGAAACUGAAAAAGAACACGAUUCCAUAUUUCACUAAAAGUAUCGAGUCCAAUUACUGUUUGGAAAAUAAAGACAAUUCAUCAGUUGCAAUUGUGGGCACAUCGUCGGGGCCAAGUGACACAAUCGAAACUAGUCAUGAUUCGAUUCACGACCAGAUCCCUUUGUGAUGUCAUUCACUCCAAGUUUGGUUAAAAUAUAACCCUCUAAGCAUUUAUUUUUAUUAAAUUCGUCUGUUUCUCUGAUAUAUAGUUGUCCUAUUCUCAACUAAAUAUCAAUUGUCACAAAAAGUCACAAAAACGUCUGAAAAGUAUCAUCAUUUUUUAAUACUGUUUAAGAGUCGAUGAUCGCAGUUCAGACUCUUAUAUAGGUAGCGAUGAUUUUUUUUACUCGUUUUUUAUCUGGAAUAGUCUCAAAAUUUGUUCAGGCUCAAUUGUACUUUUUCGCGAUUUGACUUAAGAUUUCUUUUGUUCAGUUCAUUUCUUUUAUUAAAAGGAAGACAAACUCAACUAUCGAACAGCGAAAGUGUAAAGGUCACGAAAACAAGAUCGACUUCUUGUUUCGAAAGUGGAAUUUAAUUAUGAAAUUUCCCGGCGAAAUAAAAAUUUUACGUAAUGAUU